AUGAAGCUGGAACAGGUCAAGGCCGUUCAGGUCGUCGCGGCAGACACGUUUCCGCUCGCAGAGGGUGCCUUGUACCUAGAAGAAAUCGAAGAAUCCACUCUCUUGCUGCGCAUCGGCGAGACAUUUGCAGUGACCCUCAAGUCAGACACCAUUGCCGGGACAACCGACGAUGGUGCCUUUGUGCUCGUCAUCAAGAGCGAUGCAGCUGACCUGACGAUUCGCAUCGAUGUUGCCAAGGAGACGACAGAGGCAGAACUCGAGGCGUUCGAGCGUAUUCUGGUGGAUGCAGGGUACAUGCUGACUGGUCCACAAGCUGAUGCCGACCAGCUUGCACGGACAAUUGGUCGCAUUGCAGGACAAGCUGCUGACUCUCUCUCUGGAUUUGCACGCUCUGGACUCGGCACGGUGCGUGGCAAUACUCGUUUUAGCGAGACGACGCACUUCGUCAGUGAGCGAUCAGCAGAAGGUGCCAAAGCAUUGAGCAUACAGGCACAAAAGGUCUCUAGUUGGCUGGGUAAGUCUGUACAGAGCUUUGGCAGCCUUCUUGGCGAAUCCUUGGGUACACGCGGGGCGAUUGAUGAUGCGAGUCAUGCGGCAGAAGGAACGGUCAGACGAGAAGCGGUGGACACAGCCAAGGAUGUUGCUGAGGCUGGACAGAUUCUAAGCAACGGCGUCGGCGAAGGUGCCGAGACGGUCGGAUCAGCGGCAGCCAAGGCUAUAGAUGCGCAAGUGCGCCAGACACACGGUGAGGAAGGUGUCAAGCUUGCCCAAGAGGCAAGGACCACAGCGUCUGGCGCGGGCAAGGUCGCUGGGACGGUGGCAAUGGAAACGAGCGGUACUGUGCAUGCCGGGCAUCUUGCGACUGGAGCUGUCUCCAGCAAGUGA